AUGCUUGGGGGUUCACCGUGGGCCCGAGAGGUGCUCCAUGGGGGCAUCAGGGCAUGGAGACAAAGCCCUGGCAGUAUUAGAACAGACCUCGAGUGCCACGGCGUCCACCGAGCCCGACAGACACCCUUGAUCCUGCCCCAGGGCUCAGUCCCCACUCCUCUCCAGCCAUCUCCCACAGCAGAGGCUGCAAACACAGCAUCUCACUGCUGCAGCCUCCUCUGCAGUUUGGGGCGACCAUGCGACCAGGUAUGGCCAGUGACAUUUACAACAAAGUCUACAGGGGGUCCUGGAAAGCUUGUUGUUCUGACAAAAGAGACAGACUGGGUAACACCCCCUUGCCCCUCCCUCCUCCCUCCCUUCAUCGAGGCUGGGAUGGCUGGAGCCACAGCAGCCAUGUUGCGACUAUGA